AUGGACUACAUUCAAGUGACAUUGCUUACUCUAUUAUUAGGGUUGGUAGUCACCUUAUUGAUCUUCUUCUUACAAAAUUUAGAAACAAGAAAAGGUGGUAAAUCACAAUAUUCAAAACCAACAUUUUUGAUAAUAGGUCCCAAUAACAGUGGUAAAACAGCAUUAUUUUUUAAAUUAACCAGUGACGAUGAUCAUAAGCAGCAGUUCACACAUACUGUUUCGUCGAUAGAGCCAAAUGUCAAAGAGAUAAGCUUGCCUUUUUCAAAACCAAGGUUAGGAUCGAAGUAUCAGCUCAUUGAUUACCCAGGUCACAUUAAAUACUCAAAGCUUUUAACAAAGUUAAUGAAUGAAGAUAUUACUUUAAAGAAUAUUAAAGGUAUAAUAUACGUGAUUGACUCGUCGUCAACCGCCAUCAAUGGGGAAGCUGUUAAAUUAAUAUCUAAACAAUUAUUUACCUUACUCAGUUCCACUGAGAAAUUACCAACCGGUGUUGAUUUCUUAUUUGCUGUGAAUAAGCAAGACUUGUUUGAUUCCAAGCCAAUACACAAGGUUAAAGAAACCCUCGAAUUGGAGAUGACAAAGCUAAUCAAAAAUGAAUUGCAGGCCAAGAAAUUCCAAGAAAACAACGAAAACGAGCUUGAAAGUGAAGAGAAUGACAAUGCUAUUAGAGAAUUCUGGUCAUCUACAAUGGGCUUGCACCAAUCAUUCAAGUUCGAAUUCUUGGAAGGAAACAUGGAUUUCGUCGGUGGUUCAAUCUUGAAGAACAAAGCCGGAAACUGGGAAAACUGGGUUGACGAAAGAGUCGUCAAUUAA